ACGGUCUCGCCGUCCGCCUUGCAGACCCGCACGGUCAUGGCCUGCCCGUACUCCAGGGCCACCUGCGAGCCGAUCUCCUCCGCCGUCACCUGCGGGGGCCCGGGGGGUUCGUGAGCCCGCGCCCCGCCCGCCCCGCGCCCCCGGCCCGGCCCGGCCCCACCUGCGGCGGGAGGUCGCAGAGCAGCGGGUCCUGCACCAGCCGCGCCAGCGCCGCCUGGAACAGCUCCAGCACCUCGGCGUGGGGCAGCUCCUGGGCCAGCUCCUGGGUCAGCUCCUGGGGGAGCUCCUGGGGCAGCUCCUCCGCCGGCUCCUCCGCCGCCGCCAUCGCCGGAAGGGGCGGGGGGCGCGGCGGAACCCGCGAUGCUGCUCUUCUGCCCGGCCUGCGGGAACGUGCUGGUGGCCGAGGAGGGGCCGCGCUGCCACCGCUUCGCCUGCACCACCUGCCCCUACGUGCGCAAUGUCACCAGGAAGGUGACCAGCAGGAAGUACCCGCGGCUGAAGGAGGUGGACGAUGUGCUGGGCGGUGCCGCGGCCUGGGAGAACGUGGACUCCACGGCAGAGCCGUGCCCCAAGUGCGAGCACCCCCGCGCCUACUUCAUGCAGAUCCAGACGCGCUCGGCCGACGAGCCCAUGACCACCUUCUACAAGUGCUGCAGCCCGCAGUGCGGGCACCGCUGGCGGGACUGAGGGGGCCGCGGGGAUGGGGCGCGGGGCUCCCGCCGCUGCAAUAAACCUGGCACUGGGUGCGAGGAACCGUCUGCUGCGUGGUUGCUUUAACCCUGCUCCGAGCCGCCGGGCGCAGCUGGGAACAACGGGCUCCAAGAGGGCGUUUGCCUGUGCGGCGGCCCCGGGCCUGCCCUCAGCUCACACAGUGCAGGGUGAAAGCACCCAGCGUGAGACUCAUGCCCUGCACACCAAGGAACCAGUGCUGGAAAUGCAGGCGGGCCUGAAGGUAAAUAAGCUCAAGGGUGGUGAUGAAACCCCAGCACUGAGCCAGCUGCUGUGCCACGGCACAGAAGGCAAAGCAGAGGUGAAGCGUUUCCUCUGUUGUGUUACAGGUUUUUUUACUGAUCGUAUAAGAAAAAUUGCAGAGGGAUUUUGAUGUAACAAAGGAAAUGUAAAACUUAAUACUGUCUGUUGAAAUAAAAUUCAACACCUAUAAAGGCAGAAUUA